AGGUUUAAAAAGAAGGAGAGAGAACUCUUUUAUUUCUAUUGAAAUCAUCCGUGUCUCAUGUUUACUUUUCUCUAUUGUUCUUACAUCGAAUUCUGUCAAUCAAAAUUUGAAAUCUCGCGCUUAAAUUAAUAAAUUAGCCGUUGUCUUUUGUUACUAUUUGCAUAAAUUAUGAGCCCGCGGCUAUUUUUCUCUCAGCGGUAAAUGCUUGUUAGUUGAUAAAUUUGUCGUUUUUACAUAUCAUAAACAAGCAAGAAGCGAAAUGGCAGGCGAAGACGUUAAAAAUAUAAUAGAAUUGGAUGAUGACUUUUUUGUGACGGAAGAAAUGUUGUCAGAUUUUACUGUUUACGAAAGUUGUGAGGUGGAAGUAUCGUUUGUGGAAGAUCUGUUGGAAGAAGAAAAUGAAGUAGAUGCUGGAUAUUUGGGUAUUCCUCAAAUAGUAUUCGUUGAUGAAGAAGAUGUGGACAUGGUGGUUGAUAACAACAGUACCAAAAAUGUGAAGUUUGUGUGCAGCAAGUGCAAAAAACAGUAUUUUAAAGAAGCUUACUACAAGAAACAUACUCUGAUAUGUAAAAAGCCAACAGAUCCAGAAACAACAACAGUGGCAAGAAAAACUCCUGAUGACUCAAAAAAUAAAUCAACUACAACAAUUUUUAAACCUCCUUGGUACUAG